AUCAACCCCGCGUCGUUCCUCCAAAGGCGUCAUGAUCCCCAACACGGCCAGCAGUCAGCCCGAUUAUGGGCUCUCGCUUGCGCAGGCGCAGGCGCAGCAGCAACAGAAAGAGUCUGUAUCCCCUUUUCAGUUCAAUAGUUCCUAUUCUCGGUCAUCGAAUUCCCCGUCCGUUCCUAAGCCUUCAAAAGGGAAAGGUCCUCUUGCUGGAGGUCGUCAGAUCACUCGCAACCGCGCCAGCUACAGCUGCCAUACAUGUCGUAGGAGGAAGGUCAAGUGUGACAAGGUCCAUCCAGUGUGCGGGAACUGCUCCAAGAACGGAGCUGAAUGUGUCUACGAUACGACGAUCAAGGGUCCCAAUUCUCGGAAAUACCAAGACACCGGCAGUGGAUAUUCUGUGAAAAGGAAGAGAGGCUCAUCUCAGUUGCCAGAUUAUGUCGACGGUGAUGAUCCUCACGGCCGUCGGUCGGGACCAGAGGCGAUCAAGGCCCGGCUGGAGAAACUGUCGUCGAUGAUAGAGAAACUCAACAACACAAACCAGCCCUUGGAUCCCGCGGACCGGCAAUACGUGGCACAGAGUCUCAAGUCUGAGAGGGACCACCGGAUGAGUGAGUGCCCUCCUAGUCCACGUCGUGCGGCCGAAUCCAGUGGUGAUGAAUUCCCUAUCCCAUCUGGACGUGCUACGGACCCUGUUGAUCCAGUGGGGAGUUUGAACCUCGGCCAUCUGAGCUUGGAAGAUGGAGGGAGAUCCAGAUACGUUGGGACUACUUACUGGGCUUAUAUAUCACACGAGAUUAACGACCUCAAUCAGCUACUCAGAGACCAGAGUCGCUCCCAUAAUGUCUCGCAUCCUGAUGAGAGCCCAACCGAGACAACGAUGACCGAUCAGACAACUCCGGGGCUAUCGAGCACGACGUUGCAUGGUCAAGCGAACGGGCAGGAGACAAACUCUUCAAGCUUUCAGAAAUCUGUUCUCUUCCCAUCAGGCGACUCCCCUUCAGUCAACGAGAAGGCAGUCGAGCCGGAGACGCUCCAUCAUGUCCCUAGCAAACGACAAAGCCAUAUACUAUACAAGGGAUUCAUGUCUGGGGUACAUGCCAUCAGUCCUGUCAUCCAUCCCCCGACGGUCCUCAAAAUGUACAAUGCAUUUUGGGAUUGGUACGACAAUAGUAGUUACUCGGGUGAGCCGUGUCCGGAACCGACAUUCAUCCCUCUGCUUUACGCCAUCUGGUAUGGUGGCUCGGUUACGAUAUCCAUACGGACAAUCCAAGCCGAGUUUAACAUCGCUUCUCGAUCCGCGCUAUCAAAGACAUAUAGUGAGGAGACAACUCGGUGGCUGACCAAGAUCUCGUUCCCUCGCAGUCCUUCGCUGCAGGGUCUUGCUGCGUACCUACUCGUUCAGACCAUCCUCUCCAAGGAGGAGGAGCCCCUGACAAGCAGUCUGUUUAUCAGCCUCGCUAUGCGAGUUGCCCAGACAAUGGGCUUACAUCGUGAUCCUGCACAAUUCGGCAUUGGCACCUGCGAGGCGGAAUAUCGGCGUCGACUGUGGUGGCACAUAGUGCAUAUGGACGGGGUUGUUGCCAUGUCUAGUGGCCUACCACCUUUGGUCAGCGACGAGAACUAUUGGGACGUACAGGAGACGAGUGAGGUCAAGGACACACUCCUGGGCACCCCGGAAGCCGUUCAGUAUGAACGACUGGUGGGUACCGGUAUGCGCGCACCAGACAAUCCUGACAGCCCGACUCUGUGUGGUGGUCCUUCCAUGGUGAAUGUCUAUUACCUCUCUGCACGAGGGAAAUACAUAAUGGCCAGGGCGGUUCGUCGGAUCCUGAAAAUUCAGCUUGGGACGAAAUCGGUAACUCGAAGCGACAUGGAGGAACUGCGGUCGAUUCUGCUAGAUCUCCAGGUCAGGCUAAAGUCUAUAGUCAACCGGAUUCCGGAAGUGGGACCUUCGGAUGCAUCCUCCCUCUCCUCGACUUCACCUGCAGCAUUAUCAUACCGUUCUCCGGCCGAUGGGAGGGCAAGUGACACUGAGCUUCCGGGAGAAGGCCCCUUGCAGUGCGCGGAACAAUAUCAUUCGCCUGUCCUCGUCGCUUUUCACAAAUGGGCAAGAAUCCUCCUGUCGUUGUUCAUCGAUAAGGCCUUUUGUGUCGCAUACCAGCCUUUCUUGAAGAACGCGAAAAGCCGAAUCUGGCCAUCAGCGAGGCGAAGUGCUCUCCGUCACUGCCAUGGAUUCAUGGAAAAGUUCAUUCUCCUUGCGACUGAUCCUGAUUUCCAGCCAUUUCAGUGGAGUUGGCCAGGCAACCACCAACCAAUGCAUGCAACUAUGAUAAUGCUUAUCGAUCUCUACGAACGACCGUACAGUCCCGAGGCGCCCAAAUCGCGCGCCUUUAUUGACAAGAUAUUCUCGCUCACCGGGCCAGACGGGGGCGUAGUUGGCGGUGAGGAUGGCAUCACGACAGCUCGUCCUCUGAAAGACGGUGGCCGCGAAGCCUGGGACAUGAUCCGCCGGCUGCGACAGAAGGCGUGGCAGAAGGCUGGCUUGAAUCCGCAGCAGCUCUGGACGGAGUACGCUCAAAUCCAAGCCGGCGUGGCGUCAGUCUCAGAAGACUAUCGUGAUCGAUCUGAUCCCUACUACCACUACCCUCUGAAGGCCACUUACGAUAAUGCUAGCAGCGGGAAUGGUGGCAGUUCUUCUCUGGUUCCCCCAUCUCAGGUUCCCACACAACGGCCUGUUCUCGACCGACAAUUUGCAGAUUUCUCAAAGACAUUCUUCAACAUGACCCGCGCACACAUGCUUCCCAACCCGACGCCCAUGCGUCCCAGCCCCUUGAGAUAUGCAUAUCCUCUCCCGCCGGCCCCAACCUCUGCACCCAGCACACCGCCGCUUCGUCUUCCCACGCCGCAAUAUACCUACUCUCCGACGGCGGGAAACAAUAAGAACAUACACACCGCUACCAAUACUAAUACCAAUGGCUCGACAACUCGCCCUCUAGAUAUAACCCUGCCUGCAUCCAUGGUCUCUUCACCUGAAAGCAUGGGUCCCUUCCAUCCGACGAUUCCGCUGACCCAACAACCUGCACUCACCAAUUCGCCCUCCGAACUCCCCUCUUUCAUGGACACUAGCUUCUCUACUCCCACCGCUUCCCCUAACAGCCAGGGUAUGAUGGCCGUACCCACUCUCCCAUCACUCAUGGACCCCAGCCUCAAUUUCGACUGGGACCAGUGGGAUGCUGUCUUCGGCCACCAUCUCCCAGUUCCGGAGGAAUUAAUGGAGAGUGACCCCGUAUCCGGCUUCGAAAAUAUUUCAUCCCCACCGGCUCCACGAAAGAGUCCACCCGGGCUGCCCGUCCCAAUGCCCUGUGACUGGGAGGGGUACUGUUGAUUUCAUUAUCGAUCAUGGCAUGUGUUUCACGGUGGAAAAUAUGAAAAGGGAGGGAUGAAAAAGGAAAAAUUAUUUAAUAACAACAUUGGCGAACGCUUGCAUACUAUUUACUACUAAUCUUGGAAAAUGUGGUUUCUACUCAAUCUCCUCCAUCUUAUUCUCGAUGGACGUCCUCUCUCCCUGCUACCUUUUUGUUACGUCGUUUGUACCUCUACGAUAUGUAUCUAUAUAGACACCUCAUUGUAGAUAAUGAGUUACAUGAUGAA